GUGACGGUAACCUAGGGAGUCCCGCUGCGAUGCAGCAACAUCAACACUCUUUAGCUGAUUUAUUUUAAAACCCGAUUUUCAUUGAAAGAAAGCGUAGAAAAUGACGAACAACGUUCUGUGCGAAAUAAAUUGGGACGAUGGCUUCGCCAUACCCGUGGCAAAUGCAGAAAACAAGUCUUUGGAGGAUGAAGUACAAAAGAAGCAGAAGGAAAAAGAUAACCUUGAAAGCCAGCUGACUCAUGUUGAGGACCGCAUCCAUGCAAUGACAAUGCAUCUGCAGAAUGUUCAUCAGGAGUUAAUUAAUACACAGUCUUUGCAAAAGGCACGAGAAAAAGAAUUUGAAACUGAACAACAGUUCAAGCAUCUUGCAGAGCGGGAGAUGGAACGUCUCAAACAAGAGAUUCGGCGGCUUGAAAAUGACAUGGCUUUAUUGAGAGAGAGGAAAAAUGCUAUGGAGAACAGCAUCUAUAGGUACACACAGAAAAUUGAGGAUUUGAAAUGCCAGUUGAACUGGGACAGGCAAGCUUUGGAGGCCUGGCUAGAAGAGUCAACCAAAACAGAUGAAGAUGCAAUCACCAUCCAAAAAUAUGCACAAGAAGAUGAAGGAAAAAUCAGGGAUAUUACAGUACGGAUGGAGAGGAUGAUGAUUGAAGCAAAUAAAAAGCGUAAAUUACUUGACAAUGAAAUGACUGAAACAUUGGCAGCUCAGAUGGAACUAGACAAAAUAGCACAUGACUUUCGUAGGUCCCACAGUGAGAGGCAAGAACUAAUCCGCCAAUGGCAGGAUACCAUUGAACAGAUGCAGAAGAGAGAUCAGGAGAUGGAUGAAUGUGCCUUGAUGUUAGCAGAGGUGAAGCAAGAAAUACGAGAGAAAGAAGCAGCUAUCAAUGAGAAAAUCCAAUUUCUUAAAAAUGAAACUGAAAACAAUAAAGAAUUUGAAAAAAAGAUUUCUAUAAAUGAACGUCUCUCGGCUAAACUUCGAUUAGAGUAUCAAGGGCAUGAAACAAACCGGCUUCAACUACAAAACGAGCUUGACACCUUAAAAAGCAGAGUGGACAGGACUGCAACUGAUCUGGAAACUGUAAGAAGCCAUAUAGCAGAUCUGAAGCGACAAAAUGCAGACAAAUCCAAGAAGUUAAUGAAUUCUAAAGAAGUAAACAAAGCUCUUCAAGAAAAGCUCAAAACUGCAACUGAAACAAUGUUGAGUGCUGAGGAACAAGUGACUCAGUUGGAGAAGACACUGAAAAAUGAAGAAAGCAACGCAAAGGAGCUUGAGGAUCAGAUGAAGUACCUAAAAGACCAGAAGUUUAAGAAGAGUGAGGAAUUAUACACCUUGAAUGGUACAGUGAGAACAGUUGCAAACCAAAUAUCAGGAAAUAAGACAACACUCCGAAAUUUCAAAAGUCAAAUUGACAAACUUGACCAUGAAAGCAUCAAGCAGCAGGAAGUAAUUUACAGUCAGGAUUUUCAAAUCCAGCAGCUGGAACGAAGGUUGGCUAAAUUAGAAGGUAAUACGAGUGCUAAUGAAAACGAGUUGCUGGGAGAAAAGGCAGCAGAACUCUCAAAAAGCCUGGAAGAAAAGAAAAGCACAGUGAAUCUACUAAAUGUACAGCUGAAGAAACUCCAAAAUGAUACACAGCAUUUGAGAAGACAGUUAGACAAAUGCAGAGAAGAGAAAAUGGAUUUGACCAGUAAAAUAGAAGACAUUCAUCUUAACAUUGAUACUGGAGAAAAGGAGCUAAAAAAGAACAAACUUGCUGAACAAGAUUUAAUGAUUGAAGAUAACCUUUUAAAGUUAGAAGUUGAGCGACUGCGGGAUAUGCUCCAUGACAAAGCAGAUGAUGUAUUAUCUUUAGAGAAGCGAAAAAUACAACUUGAAACAGCAAUGAAAGAGAGGACUGAAGAAAUCAAAAUUCACAUGGAUGUACUUCAAGUGCAGAUCAAGCACAUUGAGCAAGAACAGCAAGGUAUUAGUGCUGAAUUACAUGAAAGAUUAUCAAAAAUUGAUAAAAUGAAGAAAAGAUAUGAACUUCUGAUGGUUACAAUGAAACCUGCCGAGGGUGAAGAAGAACGAUCUCAAGCUUAUUAUGUCAUUAAGGCUGCCCAAGAGAAAGAGGAACUUCAAAGUCAGGGGGAUGAGCUUGAUGCUAAAAUUUCCAAAGGUGAAAAAGAACUAAGAGCCCUGGAGAAUACAUUGCAGCUACUCAACAAUCAAAAUGCAACAUACCAAAAAUCUUUCAACAAGAUCACAGAAACAAGUGAUGAAUUUGAGAAUAAGUUAAAGCUGGAAGAACAAAAGAGGGCCAUUGAUGAAAAAUACAGAUACAAACGCAGGCAAAUACGAGAGCUUCAAGAGGAUAUUCAGUGCAUGGUGAACACCUUCGACAAUCUGUUAAAGGAAGAAUCAGCACUCCAUGGAAUGGUUGAAGAGCAAAAUGACAAAACCAUGCAUCUUAUUAAGGAGCUGGAUGAUCAGAAACUCAAGCUGGAACGGGUGAUAAAACACUGCACUAAAGUUGUCAGAGAUAUCCGUUCUGCCAAGAAAAGCCCAGGACAAACCCAAGAGGAGCAAGAUAUUGAUCUUCGUGAACUACGAGAUUUUAAUAAGUCAUUGAAUAAGCUAUUAGCUGAUGCAAUGGAUGCUUGUCCAAGUUUGGCUGCAGAUCUUCAACUUUAUUUUGACCAGGCUGGUUUACCAUUACCAAGUGUACCAACAUCACCAAAUAGUCAUCACAGUUCAAGAUCACCAUCUAGUCAGAGUUCUGCAUCUUCUAUAAGAACCCUCGGCUCUUCUCGAAGCUUACAGAGCCACAGUACUGUAGCAACAGUUAAUCUGGAUCUAGGUCUAAAUCUACCUUCACCAGAGCGUACUGCAUCGUCCACGAGAAGUCGAUCAAGCAGUCUGAGAAGUGGAUCUUCUAGCAGCCACAGCCAGAAGAGCUAAUAGCUGAUUCCAAAAUUGAGAAGUUAUAAUUUACCACGAGAUUUUAAAUUAAGUGCUAUACAAAAAUAAUAGGGGCACAUUUUUAAUAUUCUAUACACAAUUUAAUAUUACACUUAAAGUUCAUUGUGUGCAUUAGAGCUAUAGUAACAUGUAACAAUUUCUAGAGAUUUAAAAUAAAUGUUCAAAACUGGUUUUUCAAUUUUAUUUAAUAUCAAUAAUUCUUACUCCAUUACAACUUGAUUUAAAAGAAACAGGAGACUUGAAAUAUUUAACUACAGGCAGUUAGCUUAAUGUCUGAUAUUGUGAAAAUGCUAAAAGUAUAUUAUAAAGAAUGUAACAGCACAGCAUUCAGAAAUAUAAAUGAUCAAGCCGAAUGAAACCACGGCUUCAUGAAAGGGAAACUAUGCCUGACAAAUUUACUAGAAUUCUUUGAGGGGAAAACUAGAAGGAGUGGUAAAGAAGAAGCAGUGGUUUUCAUCUAUUUGGAUUUUUAGAAGAUCUUUGACAAGGUACCAUACAUUAUGCUAUUUAUUAAGGUAAGAGUCUGUAGUGAUGGAAGUAAUAUAUUAGCAUGGAUAGAGAAUUGGUUAACUAAUAGAAGAUGAAGUUUGGACAAGGGGAGCAUUUUCAGAAAUGGCUACCUGUAACAAGUGGAGUGCCACAGGGAUCAAUGCGAGGGGCACGAUUAUUUACACUGUGGAAUAAUGACUUCGAUGAGGAAAGUCAAUGUAAAAUAGCCAAGUUUACUGAUGACACAAAAACUGGUGGAAAGCUAAGUAGUGAAGAGGACGCCAACAGCCAAAGGGAUAGAGACAGAUUAAAUUUGGAAGGUGGACUAUAAUCGGAAAUCUAAGCUUACGUACUUUGACAGCAAGAAUAAAAGGAGUUGAAUAGUAUUUAAAUGGAGAAAGAUUAUAGAAAGCUACGAAGGGAAUCGUCAAGCAUGAGUCUGAAAAAGCUAGCAUCCAAGCUCAGUGGGCAGUAGAGAAGGCAAAUAGGACAUUAGUCUGCAUUUUAAAGGGAAUAAAGUAGAAAGUAGGGAGGUUUUGUAAAAAGAGGUGUUAGUCAGAAUAGAGUGAACAGGUUUAGGCUCCUUAUCCAAAUAAAGAUAUACCAGAAAUGGAGGCAGUCCAGAGGUUCACUAGGCUAAUAACAGGUAUGGCAGGACUUUAUUAUGAGGAGAGAUUGAGUAGUUUAGGCUAGUACUCAUUGGAAUUUAGAAGGAUGAAGGCAACUUUCUUGAAACAUAGAGGAUUCUUAGGGAACUUAACAAGGUAUAUGCAGAGAGUUUGUUUCCCCUUGUGGGAGAGGACCAGAUGGCAUAAUCUCAGAAUAAAAGCUCAAACAGCUCCCACAUUUAAGGCAGUGAGGAGGAAUUUCUUUUGCGGGUAUUGAAUCUGUGGAAUUCUUUACCCUGGAGAGUUGUCGAGGUAGUGUCAUUAAGAUAUUCAAGGCUGAGAUUGACGGAUUUUUAAUCAGGAAAGGAAUUGAGGGUAUGAGGAAAAGGGAGAAAAGCUGAAUUGGAGAUCGUCAAAUCAGCUGUAUUGUCAUGGAAUGGUAAAGCAGACACGAUUGGCUCAAAUAAUCUACUUCGGCUUCUACAUCUUCUGGACUUUUGUCGUUUGGAAACUAAUUCAUUAGCAGUAAAUAGUUAUAAACUACCCUACAACAGGAAAUAGCAAGUUAAUUGUAUGAUCACAAAUAUAUUUGCAAAGAAAGAUUUGGACUAUAAUUGCAACUUACAAUUUGUCUGUGGAUUUAUGGAGGGAUCUGUCCAGAGAUUCCUUUCUAUGCUACUACUAUUAUAACUCAAGUCUGAGUGGUUCACAAAUUGGACUUGAGGUCCAAAGAACAUUAUCUCUGAAGAAAAACAUGUAUUACAAAUGACACACCAUAGCUUGUGGAAACCUGAAAUAAACUGACAUUUUCUUGAUGACACCAUUACAAACUUCAUGCUGGAAGUUAAUCUACUGUCAUAUGGUACUGCAUUGAUGAAAUCCUACUGGUUUGUUUAAUCCACUUAGAACUAUUCCCAGCCUAUGGUGAGCUGAGUGGUGAUAAGAAAUAGGGGGGAAAAAAAUGUCCUCCUAAUUCCUCUUGAGCUGACCCUGCUGGAAAAGCAUAUAUGGACUACAGAUGAGGACAGGGUUAUCAGUUAUAGUGUACCUCCACCAAUAGUAUGCCUCCCGUUUACUAUUUAGACGAGCAUGCAGUGUGGCCACUUGAAUGAAGUAUCAAGUAGAAACAGUUCCUUUAGAAAUAUAUCAAAAGUAAAGAAUCAUUACCUUCAGAAAAGCAUAUGAAUGCACUGGAACAGCAAAGAAGGACCCACAAUCUUUGUUAACAUGUAUUUUUGUGAAUACAGAAAGACAAAAUUUGUGGAAAAAUUGAUCUGAUGAAUUUUUGAGUUUGGGUUCUGUAUAAACUGGUUAAGGAGAAGGCAACGUUGAGACUUACUCUUCAAACAAUUUAUUUAUUUCUAUAUUAAACUAAAUACUCAUAGUCAUCAUAGGUAUACCAGGAUCUGACUUAUUAGUUACGUCAAGGAAGGACUGAUCUAUUUUCUUUGUUUAUUCAUUUCUAUGUUGAAUCUGGUUUGGUGCAGAGUUCCAAACAAUAAGAAACGGGAACAGGAGUAGGCUAAUUAACCCCUCAAACCUUGUUAGGGGUGCCCAUAACUGAACAGCACAAAAUGGCUGACAACUGCCCAUGGCUAAUGCAGCAGAGCAUGGCUAACAGUAGUUAAGAGUACUUGGGAAAAUAUUUUCUUAAUGUAGUCUCCACAAGUAGAACAAUAGUAGCUCUGCAUAAUCAAGGUUAAUGAGUUGAGAUAAAAUAUGCAGCUACAGUUGCUCACACACAUAAGAACAUUUCACAUAAUUACUUGUUUCGAGUUAUUCAAUCAAUCUGUUACAAAAUUAAGAGGAGUAUUUGGUUAAGAUUCUUCAGAUAACCAUAGAUAAAGAUUUCCAAAUAGUUAUAGAUCCACAUUUAUUUUUUAAAAAUCACAAAAAAUAUUAAAGGAAGAAAUUCAAACCAGUUUUGGACAGUAAAGCAGCCCCAUAUCACUACAGGGAGGAAUGAAUACAGAGAUGAGCAGAUCUUGCAAUGUGGUUUGAAUGGACACAUUAAGACACAACUUGUUAAAAAAAUUCUAACAUUAAGUUUAACCACAUAACUUUGUUGGAACUGAUCAAAAGUAUUCUUUUGUAUCUAAUGUAAUGAAGAAAUUGAAGGUUCCUCAGGUGAUAGGCAAGUAUCCAAUUAAUUGGCAGAUAACAUGGUGCAGCUGGUAAAUGUUAUUUGAAUACACUAUCCAUUGCGAAAAGCCACAAGGAGGUAAAAUCUGGGAAAACAUCAUGAAGGACUAGGGGUGGAGCACAAGCCUGUCCAUUUCUUUGUCAUUCAGUGAUAUGAUUAGUUUAAUUGGAAAUACUCAGAAAUUGCUGAUGCAAACUCAAACUGUGCAAUAUGCCAUACCAGAGAGCCAAUUACAAAGGGAUACCUUGGCACCGCUGACCAAUAGUCAAGGGGGGGGGGGCGCGUAUGUGCGCUCUCAGUUCGAACUGUAUAAGUUAUGAAGUUCUGAAGCUUUGUGCACACCUUUUUGCUAUGCUGUAACUGAUGUGUGAAUUGAAAUAAAGGUCACUUGAAUCUGCCCCACAA